AAGGCGGCCGCUUUUUGGAACGACAUGUAAACAUGAGUCCAAGAUGUCUGCGCCCUUGUUGUCAAUAUCGAGUAGCGAAGAAGAGGAAAUUACGGCCAGACCUCCUUCAAAACUCCGUAAAAAGGAUUAUAAACAAUGCUAUAUGCAUCUCACGUCCAUAAAGAAAGAAGAAACAAAGGAUUUUACACGCACACGAUGGGAUACAUUCAGAAAUAGCGUCAAACGGUGGCUUGGUUUGCAGGGUGAGAAUCAGACAAUAGCAGAAACAUACAAACAUUGUAUAGAAAUCGAGUUUGAAAAUGUUCCCGAAGACGCUGGGUUUCAUUCCACUUGCUACAGGCGUUUCAUUGACAAAAAGCGCUUGGAUGCGGCAGAGAAACGUGUCACACAGCAUCCUGAAGUUCAAGAUGCUCACAAAGACCAGUCUGUGUCAUCGAGUAGUAGUACCUCAAUAACUGAAUGUCCGACAAAAAAACUUAGGUCCAGGACGGGCCUGCCAGUAGCUUGUGCAGGUCCUGUGCUUCCUGCCUUGUGCAUCAUUUGUAAGAAAACGGACAAGUACAUUACUGUGGCAGGCAAACGCCAGAAGGACCAUCUUUCACAGGCAGAAACAUUGUCAGCAGGUGGGCCAGUUGCUGAAAGCUGCUGAGAUGAAAGAAGACACUAGCAUUCUUGUGCAUAUGCAAGACAAAGACUGUGUGUCUCUGGAGGUGCGAUACCACAAGUCCAGUUACAGACAGUACACCAGGUUCUUGACAAAGUCUACUGCAACAGUUACUGGGACCUCAGAAGAACAGUGAGUUAUUAUAUUGCAUUAUCAAAUGAUAAUUAA